AUGGCUACCUCCAAGUUCGUAGCUCCAAUUGUCGGUUUUAUGAUGUUCUUUCUCUUCAUCUCAUUUACUACCAUAGUCGAUGCUCAACGAGGAUUAUCCACCAACUAUUAUAAUAAUAGAUGCCCUAAUUUUAGAUCAGUGGUUCGAACUAUAGUUCGUAAUGCUGUAAACAAUGAGCUUCGCAUGGGUGCUUCCUUACUUCGCCUUCAUUUUCAUGACUGUUUUGUUGGAGGAUGUGAUGCAUCAGUAUUGGCGGAUUUUCCAGGUGGUGAGAAACAGUCUGUCCAUAACGCAAACUCUUUAAGAGGAUUUGGAGUAAUAGAUAGCAUUAAACAACAAUUAGAAGCAGUAUGUCCUGAUGUUGUUUCUUGUUCAGAUAUAUUAGCACUUGUUGCUCGGGAAGCUGUUGUUGCGCUUGGGGGCCCAAGCUGGAAUGUUGAAUUUGGAAGAAAAGAUUCAACAUCAAGACCAAGCUCAGUGGCUGCUGACCGUGAGCUUCCAUUUGCCACGAAUAAUCUUGGUGAGCUCGCCGGCUUAUUCUCUACCAAAGGUUUCUCUAUCAGAGACUUGGUUGCACUUUCAGGUGCUCACACUGUUGGCCAAGCUAGAUGCAUACGGUUCCGUGAUCGCGCCUACAGAGAAAGAAACAUACUACCACGCUUCGCCCAUUUUUUGCAGAGAAUAUGCCCCAUUAAUUCGGGCGACAACAAUCUUGGUCCCUUAGAUGUUCGUAGUCCAAGUGUGUUCAACAAUGACUAUUUCAAAGGUUUAACAAAUUUUGAGGGUCUUCUUCACUCGGACCAGGUACUAUUUAGCGGACGCGGUGGGCAAACUGACAGACUAGUCCAACUCUACGCAACUAAUGAAGCUGCUUUUUUUGCUGAUUUUUCUUCUGCAAUGUCCAAGAUGAGCAGACUUGGAGUUAAAACUGAUCGUAGAGGGGUUGUCCGCAAGAAUUGUAGGGCUCUUCGUUAAUUUAUGUGUAUGAUAUGAUCAUAUUUUAUUUAUAUG